AUGAAGACGUCAUUCUUUUCAUGCUUGGCUUUGGCCAGCUCAUUCGCUUUCGCUGCCCCAGCUGUUGACAGCGCCCUGGUCGACCGUGCCACAGUGUCUCCCUACUAUGCUCCGUCUUUGGCGAUUCUUACCAGCCUCUACUCGGAGGUCAGACAAUACACUGCGGUAAUGAACGCUACUUCCGCGACCUUGAAGCCCCACACUGCAGGCCAAGAUACAGCCGCCGUCAAUGCCACGUACAAAUCGAACAUUGCCUCUAUCAACACCGCCAUCACCGGCGCUACUGCCGACAUCAAAAAACUUCUUGCCAGCCCGGCUCCUGCUAAACGUGAACUCACUCUUGCUUCGCGACAAGCCACUGUUAGCCUUCCGGGUGAGCUGGCUAUGAUUAUUGAAGAGGUUGGUGGUACAUUGACUGAGAUUGUUGCCACCCUCGGAUUGACUACCACUCUCUCCUUCCUUGGCCCAUUGGUCACGUCUUUGGGCGCAUUGGUUGCAUCUCUCAUCCCUGUUGUGAACAAUCUCUUGGCUGUUGUGGAGGAAUUGCUCGAUGGAGUUCUUGGAGGGUUGAGCGCCGCUUUGCUCGGGCUUACUUUGUGA